UAUACAGAAUUUUUAUAUAUAGUGGUAAAAAUCCCCGAUGUUCGUUGAUUGUAGAUGUCAAUCUUUAAAAAAUCGGACAUCUGCUGUAUAUUAAAUAGAAUAAUAGAGUGUAAAAUUUAAUAGAAAAUUAUUUUUUUUAUUAAAAAGCUGUGAGUGCAAUGAAUAUAAUAGUAUUUUAUUAGUGAAGUGUUGUGUAUGUGAAAAAAAAAUUUAAAGUGACGUAGGUAAGAAAAGAAUGAGAAAAAAAUUGUUGUUUCUUGUUUAACAACCAGAGGCAGUCGCGCAUCUUCUUUGUAGCGCAUGUACAUACAUAUAUAUAUAUAUAUAUACAUAUAUGGAAACAUACUAUAGAAGACGACGUAUCAUUAUCGUUAUCUUCGCCAAACGUCGUCAAUUGUAACCAUAACUAAAAACUGAAAUUGUGCGCGAUAUAAUUUUUUUUUUUUUCGUUGGCGAAACGAAUUUAACGAUACAUCACUGGAUUAAUAAAGAGGGCCGUCGUCGUCACAGACCUUUGGAUACUGUUUUGUGUUUUAGGAAGAGACUAUAGGAGAAUUGAACGACAAAAGACUUCAAAGUGUGUGUGAUAGAACUAACUUUUCCUUAUAAAAAUCAGUUUCAUCCAUUUCAAUUAUUUGAACAUUGACAAUCGCGUGUGCGUCGUAUUGUGUGCUCUUUUUUUUAACAAGAAAAAAAAAACUGUGAUAUAGAAAAAUCGAGUAAAAAAGAAAAGAGCCACUUUCAAAGAACUUGAACAUAUAUAAAGUGAGAGGUGAAUUGGCGUCGAAAUCAUCUCGAGGUCUUUUCGUUGGUAGUAAAUUUGUCAUUUAUAUUUGUUUGAAAGUGAAAAUUUGGUGAAGAAGAAAAACAUAUUUUGCUUAUUUAAAGUGAUUAUUAAGGUGUUGUAACAGUUUUGAGGGAUGUCUACGCCCGCGAGAAGAAGACUAAUGAGGGACUUUAAAAGAUUACAAGAAGAUCCACCAACAGGAGUUUCUGGAGCACCAACGGAUAAUAACAUUAUGAUUUGGAAUGCAGUCAUAUUUGGACCACAUGACACACCAUUCGAAGAUGGGACAUUUAAACUUACUAUAGAAUUCACGGAAGAAUAUCCAAAUAAACCUCCAACUGUAAGAUUUGUUAGUAAAAUGUUCCAUCCGAAUGUAUACGCUGAUGGAGGAAUUUGCCUCGACAUUCUACAAAAUCGUUGGAGUCCCACCUAUGAUGUAUCAGCAAUUUUAACAUCUAUACAGUCGCUGUUAAGUGAUCCGAAUCCGAAUUCACCUGCCAACUCAAUGGCAGCACAACUGUACAAAGAAAAUCGACGUGAAUACGAGAAACGAGUAAAGGCUUGUGUGGAGCAGAGUUUUGUGGAUUAGUUGUGGACAUGCUCUGACAUUGUUUUGUCGGCGCUGUCGCAUCACACAACAACAGCAUUAAACGACCAACAAAUCAACAUCAACGCCGUCAUUUAAUAUAUAAAUAUAUAAAAUAUAAUAAAAACAAAGAAGAACGUGCAGCCUUAUCAAGGAGCUACGCUGAUCGCUUCGAAUGCGUCAUAAUUCCUUAUAAAAAAAAAAUAAAAUAAAAAAUAAAUAAAAUAAUUUAAAAAAAAAAUAAUAAUAAUAAUAAAUAAAGGAGGAAAAAAACAACUCUUUCUCAACAUUUACAGCGUGUGUGCAACAUUAGAUCGAAUUUUUACAAUGUUGUAUAAAUAAAUUAAUAUAAACUGUGUAUUUAUUUAUUGAAGGAUUCGAUAAAAAAAAAGGAAAAGAAAUGAACGAAGAAAUUCAUGAAAUUAGUAAUGUUGUUUAAUAAUUGCAUUCUAGGGUAUGUGGAGUAAUUAAAAAAUCAUGAAAUUUACCUUAUCUAUCACAGUUUUGUCUCUGUGCUCGCUAAUGCGGCGUGUUUUUUUUUUUUUUUUUUUUUUUUUUGUUUUUUUUUCAUUUAUCGAAAAGCACAGAUCCACAAACUUGAGUUUAAUAAUAUUGUAACACUUCGUACAUAGUCUUGACAUUUAACUAUACAUAUAUAAAUAUACAUAAUAUACAUACAUACAUUCAAUAAAAUGCAUAAUUAUAAUCUCUA